AAGAUGUAGUAGAAGAUUUAGUUGAAGAUGACAACAAUGUAAUUGUAGAUAUAGAAAAUAUUAUUGAAAAAAGAAUAGAAGCUAAAAUUAAAGAAAAUAUAGAAUUAAAAGAUGCAGAAGCUACAAUAAGGGAGGAUAUAUUGGUGCCAAUAAGUGCCUGCUUAUAUCGUGCCU